AUGCGCCAGCUCGCAUCCCCUACAACUUCCGACGGAACAGAGGAGACUGGCAAGCAUUUUGCUUCCCGUACCUGGAGAAAAAGAGAAAUUCAGAGGUCCUGGCUUCGGAAGAAGGAACCACGAGAAAGGUGGAUGACUCUCAUCCCGCUUAUAGGGAUUGCCCUGGGCCUUUGCCUGGCAGGACUACUGAUCUGGGAUGGAAUCCGGCGGACCCCCUACCUCGAAUACUGCACAGUCUACAGGGACAACUUUUCCUCGCCAACGCUGAGUGAUGUAUGGACAUUCGAUAUAUCGUCUACAGGAUUUGGCAAUGGCGAGUUUGAAACAACAACGAAUUUAACUAAAAAUGUUUAUAUCAAGGAUGGUAUGCUUAAUAUCCGAGCUACAGUUCAAGAUCCGCCUACUGUUCUCGGUCCACCAAACACGAACAUUACCGACCUCUGCCCUGACCAGACCUCUGGCAACUGCGUUUCAUAUAUAAACACCAGCAUCGGCGUCAUUGCCAAUCCCAUUCAAAGUGCUCGCAUCAAAACGAAGUUGUCUAUCCGGUACGGCAAGAUCGAAGUUGUUGCCCGCUUGCCUCGUGGCGACUGGCUGUGGCCUGCUAUCUGGAUGCUUCCAACCAACAAUACUUACGGCGUAUGGCCUCGGAGCGGCGAGAUUGACAUCAUCGAAAGCCGAGGCAAUAAUUAUACCUAUCCCGCUGGCGGGGACAAUACCAUAUCUUCAACACUCCACUGGGGUCCCAGUUGGCAGUAUGACAGGUGGGAUAAAACGCACGGAAGUAUGCUCGCGCCAGGGGUCUCAUUCAGCGACAGUUUCCAUACUUUCGGCGUGGAAUGGACUCCAAAAUAUAUCUACACCUAUCUGGACCGUCGCUUAUUCCAAGUCAUGCGGCACGACUUCGAAGAAUCCAUGUGGAAAUUUGGGAAAUUUUGGCAGUAUGACAGUCCGUCCGUCCAACUCAGUAAUCCUUGGGAGUCUUCCAGCUCUGUUUCGAGCCCCUUCGACCAAGACUUCCACCUAAUCCUCGACGUUGCGGUGGGUGGGACCAACGGCUGGUUUUGGAAUGGUGUAGCCGGAAAGCCUUGGGAUGACCAGGCCACAGAUCCCCUAGCACAAUUCUGGCAGGGCCGAUCCAAAUGGUAUCCGACUUGGCAGAAAGGCCACGGGCCGGUGAUGCAGGUAAAAUCGGUUACCAUGUGGCAACUAAAAGGCUACAAUGGGUGUUAG